GCGUCCGGCUGCACAAACACACACACACACACACACACACCAGGAUCUUCCCACUCUACCUGACCACACUGUACUCGGCACAGCGGACACCCACGCGUCCAUCCGUCCUGGGAGGAGAAGGAGAAGUGUGUGUGUGUGUGUGUGUGAGAGAGAGACACAGAGAGGGAGGGAAGACUGCCGCAGCUGUCCUCGUCCUGCAGCGAGAGGAACUAAGGCGCUCUGUCCUCUCCUCGCUCGUCCCCUGGUUUUCAUCAUGAACCUGCUCUUAUCUGGUUGCUAAGGAGGUGAGCUCGAGCUCGGAGGAGGAAGUGCACACGGCGGGAAUUUGUUGCUAAGGCCGCGAGCUGCAGUCACUCCGUCGUGGAGGGGGAACAGGAGGAGCGCAUGGCUCAGGCCCCGCAGGAGCAGGGGGCGGCGGGGGGCGCGGCGGGGGGCGCGGCCGAUCCCGAAGAGGACUCGCCCAACAUGAUCGUCUACAGGAAGAUUGAGGACAUAAUCACCCGAAUGCAGGAAGAAACCGAAGGCGUACCUAUCAGAACUGUCAAGAGCUUCAUGUCAAAGAUUCCCAGUGUGGUCACAGGCUCAGACAUCGUUCAGUGGCUAAUGAAGAAUCUCUCCAUUGAGGAUCCUGCGGAGGCCUUACACAUCGGGAGCCUGGUCGCUGCUCAGGGCUACAUCUUCCCCAUCUCGGACCAUGUGCUCAUCCUGAAGGACGACAGCACCUUCUACCGCUUUCAGGCUCCGUACUUUUGGCCGUCCAACUGCUGGGAGCCAGAGAACACUGAUUAUGCCAUUUAUCUGUGUAAGAGAACGAUGCAGAACAAGACUCGGCUGGAGCUAGCAGACUAUGAGGCGGAGAACCUGGCGAGGUUACAGCGAGCGUUCUCCAGGAAGUGGGAGUUCAUCUUCAUGCAGGCCGAGGCUCAGGUUAAGAUUGACCGGAAGAAGGACAAGACGGACAGGAAGAUCCUGGACAGUCAGGAACGGGCGUUCUGGGACGUGCACAGGCCAGUGCCAGGCUGUGUCAAUACCACUGAAAUGGACAUCAGGAAGUGUCGGCGCAUGAAAAAUCCCCAGCGAGUUAAGAAGUCAGUGUAUGGAGUGGCAGAAGACACUCAGACGCAGAGUCCUGUACACACACACGUUCAGCAAAGCAGAAAGGACACUAAGGAGGACGUUGAGAAAGAGAUCGUAUUCCUGAACACUCAGCUGGACAGACACUGUAUGAAAAUGUCCAAAGUGGCAGAGACGCUGAUGAGCUACACCGAGCAGUACCUGGACUAUGACCCGUUUGUGUCCGCCCCGGAGCCCUCCAACCCCUGGAUUGGCGAUGACACCACUUUCUGGGAGAUGGAGGCCAGCAAAGACCCGAGCCAGCAGAGGGUGCGGAAAUGGGGCUUUUCUUUAGAUGAGGCUUUGAAGGAUCCAGUCGGCCGUGACCAGUUUCUCAAGUUCUUGGAGUCGGAGUUCAGUUCAGAGAACCUGCGGUUCUGGUUGGCGGUGCAGGAUUUGAAGCGGCGCCCCCUGCAGGAUGUCUCCGCUCGGGCUCAGGAGAUCUGGCAGGAGUUUCUGGCUGAAGGUGCUCCGAGCUCCAUAAACCUGGACUCGCACAGUUACGAGAGAACCAGCCAGAAUCUCAAAGACCCCGGACGCUACAGCUUUGAGGACGCACAGGAUCACAUCUACAAGCUGAUGAAGAGUGACAGCUACACCCGGUUCUUACGCUCCAGCGCUUACCAGGACCUCCUGCUCGCCAGAAAGAAGCCUGAAAGUGAGCAGGGUCGCCGCACGUCUCUGGAGAAGUUCACUCGCAGUGUGGGUAAGUCUCUGACGGGGAAGCGUCUGACGGGCCUCAUGCAGUCGUCCUGACGAUCCCCGGGCCGUGAUUAACCUCGUUAAACCCAGACGAGGAGGCAGAGGAAGCGGCCUGACGCUGUACACACAGAUACAGCCGACUCACAGACCGCCUGCUUCACCUCGGCGGCGUAGCUACAGACUCUACGGCAUGCAAUAAGUCAAGGAAAACCUUACAAACCAGGACCGUCUGUAUUUAACCCGAUUAUAUCCAAACCUCCGAUAUGAGAUAACGACAAAAAGACUGCACAUAUGGUACGAAUGUCAGGUUUUUAUUUCUGUGUACUCAUUUUUCUAACCAGCAGUGACAAAGGGAACAAAAACACACACUGCUUCAAUCGCUAUUUAACCAGUCCGUCAUCCUGUUCGUCCACUUUUCACCAUGUGGAGUGACCGAGAGUGGAUGGUGAUGGUGGUGGAGGAGGAAGCAGAGCUUUCAGCCCCAAACAUUCCAUAGGAGGUAAAGGAUAAAUAACAAGGGCUUGUGAUGAGAUGUUUCUCGAUGAGGAUUUGCACAACGUUGACGUCCAAGGGUCCAGGGUGUAAAGUGUUAAAGCACACACACACACACACACACACACACACACACACACACAGAGCACAUCUCAGCUUCAUUUUCAUUACGUCCCAGACAAUCUCACUUGAAGCCUCUUCUGUGUUACUGCGGGUUAUCGGAGCGAGCGUUUAAACAGGGUCGUGUCACAAGCGUACACAUAAUCCAAGCAACUCUCCAGUGUUUUUACACUUCAUGUGUCUAUAAAGCACAUAUGUAGUGUGUGUAUGAUUACUAGGGACGGGAUUCACUAGGAGACACCGAUACGGUGGUAUUCGAUUUGUAUUGCGAGAAUUUAUAUUUUUUGAGUUUAUUACGAUUCCAAACGAACUUCCUUCCACACAAGAUGCUGUGCUGCCCGCCAAAGUAUGAAUAGUUUAGAGCGCCCCCUCCUUCCUUUAGGAUUAUAGAGGAACUGCAGCAUUUUACCAUCUCAAAUCCAAACAUGUAUAACUUCAAAUACUA